UUGGUUAUUUCGGUCUCUUACGUGACUUCUGAUGACCUAGCAAAUGACAUUGUGCACUGCAGUGCUGAGAAGAUACUCCCAAGGAUACAGCAGUGAUUCAGUGAAAGCAACAGACUUGUUUUGUGUUUAUCUGGGUGAUCCUGGACAAGAGUGAUGCCUCCAGGCAGGUGUUAUGCUGCCCACUCAGCUCAGGCUUCAAGGGAACAAGGGCACCUUCGUACAGUAAAGAAGGAAGAGGAUGAUGAUGGCUAUACUUCAGUGCAGACUGCCAGGCCACAGACACUUAACCGUCCUGGCCAGGAACUAUUCCGUCAGCUCUUUAGGCAGCUUCGCUACCAUGAAUCUUCUGGGCCCCUAGAAACUCUGAGCCGGCUCCAGGAGCUCUGCCGCUGGUGGAUGAGGCCCGAUGUUCUUUCCAAAGCACAGAUGUUGGAGCUGCUGGUGUUGGAGCAGUUCCUGAGCAUCUUGCCUGGAGAGCUCCGGACAUGGGUGCAGCUCCAUUGCCCUGAGAGUGGUGCAGAGGUUGUGGCCCUGCUAGAAGAGCUGCAGAAGGAUCAUGGAACACUACUGAGGGACCCAUGCCUUGCCCAGGACCCAGAUGUGCAUUGGAUAGGCACUAGAGCUCUGCAGUCUGCACAGAUAUGGUCCCCGACUUCACUUCUCAGGAACAAUUCUGCUCUAGAGGACCAUUUGGAGCCUGCACAUGGAAUAGGAGUUUGUAAUUUCCUGGCUGGGCAAGAUGAUUCUCCUACUGUCUUGGUGCCUGCCCAUUUCCAGAUAGAAGAGGACACAGGAUACCAGGAAGCUUUGACUUUCCAGGAUGUGAAGGUGACAUUCUCUAAGGAAGAGUGGGGAUGUUUGGACUCGGCUCAGCGUAAUCUUUAUCGGGAUGUUAUGCUGGAGAAUUAUGAGAAUGUGGUUUCUGUUGUGGGGUCAUCUCCCAAACCUGCCCUGAUUUCCUGGCUGGAAGCAAGGAAGCCAUCGACCGUGAAUAUCUGCACAGUUCAGCCUAAGAGGGAUUCAGGUACUGCCCCUGAAGCAGGUAAGCCCCAAAUUAAGUCAAGCAAAUUCAUCUCGAAACAGGACCCUUCAGAAUACACAGAAACCUUUGCAGUACCAUCAGUGUGUCCUGAGACAAGUGUUUCUGAGGGAACAGGACUCAAAGAAACUUUUGAACAAAAGAGCAGGCUACCGAAGCCCUGUGGAAGCCCCAUACAAGUGAAAGAGGUAAAGGAAGGAACUGACAUUUGUAACAGGACAGGAAGAGAAUCUGAAGUAUUGGGAAGCAGUAAUAUUCUUGAUAUAAAACAUGUUAAGUGUACGAGUAUUUCUAAGAAAAAGCGAUUCUUUAAACAUGGCCGAGACAGAUACUUCAGAGAAAGAUCACACCAUUAUAAUAAGAAAUAUGGGGAAGGGCUCAGAGACACAGUUGAGGGAUUUGGCAUAUAUCAGAGUAUUCAUAUUGGGCUAAAAGAGAGUGAAAAGGACACAUGUGGGAAGGACUUCAUCCUUAGCUCUGAUCACCAACGGGAACAGAGUGUUCAUACUAUGAGAGUGUACAGGUGCCAUGAUUGUGGGAAGACCUUUGGUAAAAGCUCCCAUCUUGAAUAUCAUCAGAGAUGCCAUUUUGAAGAGAAACUGUUUCAAUGUAGGGUAUGUAAGAAAGCCUUCAAGUGGCGUUCAAACUGUGUGCGACAUGAGAAAAUUCACACUGGAGUGAAACCUUAUAAAUGCAGCUCUUGUGAGAAAGGUUUCUAUCGUCUAUCAGCCUACCGUCUUCACCAGGAAACCCAUACUAAAAAGAAAUUUGAAUCCAGUCAGUACAAAGAAGCUCUCACUUGCACCUUGGAUCUCAAUCAUCAUUUGACAGAUGAGAGUGAGGAGAAACACUUGGACUGCAGCCAGUGUGGGAAAUCCUUCUGCUCUAAGUCUUAUGUUCUUCAACACCAAAGGAUUCACACACAAGAGAAACCUUAUAAAUGUACCAGGUGUAGGAAAACCUUUCGGUGGAGGUCAAACUUUUCUCGUCAUAAGAGAUUGCACCAGACACAAGAGUUCUGUAAACAAGAGAAAUGUCGAGAAGACUUCAAGCAGAAUUGUAGUCAGUCUCAGGUUUUCCCUACUGUGGAGAAAAAUUUUUCGUGUCAGCAUUGUGGGAAAACUUUUACUAAAAAUAAAUCACUCAUUGAGCACCAAAGGAUUCACACAGGGGAGAAACCAUACCAAUGUAGUGAGUGUGGGAAAACGUUUACCUAUAGGUCAGCAUAUAUUAUUCAUCUGAAGAAUCAUGGUAUUAAAAGAAAACCUGAAAGUGGUCUACCUGUUAGUCAGGAUACAAUGUUUCACAUUUCUCAGAGCAGUCACAAUACAGAAGAGCCUCACAAAUGUAAAUACUGUGGCAGAACAUUCCGCAUUCGCUCAUUCCUUCUCAUUCAUCAGAGAGUUCACACUAGAGAGAAACCCUAUAAGUGCAGGGAGUGUGGAAAAGCCUUCCGAUGGAGUUCCAAUCUCUCCCGACAUGAGAGGCAACACUCUUAUGAGUAUCCUGAAAGUAAAGAGACUUCAAAUCUAGAGUCAAAAAUCCUCACUGAUCAGAAGCCCUUUUCGUGUCAAGAAUGUGGGAAAACCUUUACACGUAAAAGAACCCUUUUAGACCAUAAGGGAAUACACAGUGGAGAGAGACGCUUUAAGUGCAACCUGUGUGAAAAAUCUUUUGAUAGAAACUAUCGUCUUGUUAAUCAUCAGAGGAUACAUGCCAUAGAGAGACCUUUUCAAACUCAGUGGCAUGGUAAAGAUUUCGGGAUACGUGUCCGUUCUGUUGACCAGAGAAAACACAGCAGAACACUGCAUUCGGAACGCAGCCUACACUCAGAUAACCCAGGCUUAUCUUCUCAUCGGGAUGCAAGGUUAAAACUGAGUGGAAGGAAGCCCCGUAAAGAAUGUGAGAACCCUUCUGACAAGAUCUCCAGGCUCAUUGCACUCCAGAGUGUGCCCACCAAGACAGGCUGCCACAAAUGUAGUAUUUGUGGGAAAACAUUUAGCAAGCAUUCACAACUCAUUAGCCACAGAAGAUUUCACACCAGAGAGAGGCCCUUCAAAUGCAAAGUGUGCGGGAAGACCUUCAGGUGGUCUUCCAAUUUAGCUCGGCAUGUGAAAAACCAUGUUAGAGAUUAGCCUGGGGUCUCUGACAGUGGGGUGGUGGUGGUGGAAUAGUUCCUGGUUACAUUUCUAGAGAAGUUGUUGUUAGACACUGGGGAAAACCUUUGCAAAGGCUUAGUCCUUUCUGUUCUUGGUGUGGAAUCUUGAGGAUUUAAAAGCUUGGACUCCUCAGUCUACCUGCUGAAAAGUGGUGCUAACGAACAAUGUUCUGGGGGCCUUAUGGAGGUCCUGGUCCUUAGGUGUAGCCCAGAACUGAGAGCCAGGUCUCCUUGGAUAACUCUAGUCACUUAUUAGAAAGUGUGUCUCUGUGGCUUUAGUAAGGUUGUCUGCUGGGAAGGGGCCAUUUAGAUCCUCAGUUCCUCUUUAGGUUUGGCUUAUGUCAGUCACUGCCUGUUCUGUUGACUUGCAAAGCAAUGGCACAAAGAACUUGUAGUCUCCUCAGAUGUCUCCUGGGGAGCUCUGGCUGGGGCUUCAGUUCAAGUUGGUUUGUGGUUAUUAGCUAUGGUCCUAAAGUGGUAUCAGUGGCAAGUGUAAAGGACAGGGUGCUGGGUUCCAUUGCUUGAUCUAGACAGGCAGCAUUAAUCAUUUCUAGAUAUAAGUGCACCCUUCACAUGCCAGUGACCAGAGCUUUGGAUCCCUAUUGUCCUUAAAUGAGUUAGGUCAUAUUCUGGAUGGUGAUAUGUAUUGAGGACAAAGUAAACCAGAGAAGGAUGGCAGGGAAUCUAGUUUGGAUGUGGGCUGUAAUUUUAAAUGGGCUGGCCCGAAGUACUGCUAAAAGUGAAAGCUAACUAGGGCCAGGUGUUCAGAGGCAGUGGCAUUUCUAGGAGUUCCAGGAUAGCCAGAGCUAAAUAGAGAAACCUUACCUUUAAAAAAA